CUUCCAGACUGUGACGUGGUAAUCCAGUAUGGUCAAAAUUAACAACCCACCUCCACCCAUUCUCCGCCAUAAGGUUUUGACUCCCGUACUAUGUCAGUGACGGAAUUAUACAUGGCCAUGUACCGUCCAGGUUCGGCCAGUUCUGUACAGGGCAUACCACCGGAAGUGACUCGAGGAGCUGCGUUUCAGCAAGAGCAGCACCGGAAGUACUCGAAUAUAAUCAUGGCAUUUCUUUCGGGCGUCACGGCUGACAUACUGCGCAUGCGCCUUCAGCAGGUGGCUGCGUUAGACUGCAUGUCUGUACAGAACUUCUUGGAUGUCCACAAGCUCAACAUACUUAUGGCAUUGGCCGAACUUCAAAGCCUGAUUCUGAUCGCCUACCCGCCAAAACGCGCGGCUCCCGAUCUUUCCCGAUGGAGUACACGGCUUAUGUGUAUCGUCUUGCGCGCCUCAAACUGUCUCUCCGUCCGAGAGCAGGACGACGUGGUUUUCCUGGCCAAGACGUACCAGCAGUAUUUCAGACGCAGCAGCCAGAAGUGUGUUGGCCUGAUCGCGAAACGCGGUACACAGGCGAAACGCGAUUGGCUAAAAGUUUGCGCGGCAGUUCAACGACUUGCUGACAAAGCGGAUGAUGCAGAGCUCAUUAAGCAUGUCAGGAAUUUCAUUUGUAAAGUUGAAAUGGAAUCAAAAACUACGCAGACAAGGAAAGAGACGCAGAUGAGUCUGGAACAUUUGAUAUCAGGCAUGAUUGAAGACGACCACCCAAGAGACAGAAAGCCCAUCAGAGAUCACGUAUCAGACGAAGCGAAUGGAACAAAAAAGAAACAAAUUGUAGACUUGAAGUAUACAUCGCGACAGAAGCAACCUAGGCUGACGCGGAGACCGAGAUCAGCGUUACCACGCCUAUCAUCAAUUAAGGAACAAAAUGAGUUACAACGGUCGAAAAACUCCGCCAGAAACUCUCGUAGCCCAGGGCGACCACGAUCUGCAAGGGGAAAAGUAUCAAGUGAAAAAACUAAUGGCUCGCCACAAUUUAAAGUCAUUCUUCGUGAAAGCAAAUUGCAGCAAACUGAACGAGAACAGAAAACAAAACAAUCAGCGUGGGAUUCAACCGCAAAACCCCUUCUAGCAGACGCUAAACAAGUCACAACGAAAAAGGUUUACCUUGCGAGUAAAUUAGCCGUAUUAAAACGACGAUAUUCCGUUGGAGAUUUAAGCGAUAUCAGUAAAGGAAUUCUAGCGCGAAAACAAUCCUUCAGGAGAAACAAAAGUCGACCCGUUUCAGCCCGAUCGAGGCAAUCAUCAGUUAGCGUUGAAGCUAAACAAAAAUCUAAAAAACGUCAAAUUAAAUCCAGAGGUUCCGUUCGUUCCAAGUCUCCAAAGGUCAAGAAGAGCAGUCGCAGUCAAAGCGAAAAAGAGCAAGGUGCUGAAAGGAACCCCAGCCCAGUGAGUUGGAUAAAUAGCGUGCCUGACGAAAAUGUUAACGAGAAAACGAAAGAAAACGAUGCUGAAACCAAAACGAAGUACAUGUGGAGAUUGGACAAAGACCAGAUGGACGGCUGUUCAGACAAUCAUAUCCUAAGCAAUAGAGACAACGAACAAAUUGAAGAUCGCAACAAGCCAUUGGGCAAUUCUUCUAGUUCUGCAAAGUUGCUCGAUGCAGUUGAAACUGUGCUGACGGAGUACAAAGGAAAAGAACAUGAUUAUAAGGAUGUUAAACGAAUCUCCAAACCAUUCGAUGACUUCCAAAAGAUUUAUAACUACUCUGACGACGAAGAUAUUCCCAAUACUCCGUUUGCGAGUCUAGAAGGGAAUAUGAAGGAAUCGUCUUAUACAAAUGAUAUCAGCAAAGAAUAUGACGACAAUAUGAAGAAAAUCGCUAACGAGGUCAUUGUUCACCAGCAAAUGCAUUUGGCUGUUCGUAAUCCACUUUUCCAUGAUAAACGUUUCGUAGAUCAGUUUUUCAAAUUUCUCGAAGCGAAUAAUGUUGCCAAGACAUUCUUGCGCUCCCAGACAACUGAUCCACAUAAGUCGUGGAAGCUACACAACGGCAAACGAGUUCAGUUUUCCUUCUUCCUUGCCUAUAUAUUUAGACACGUUGAGAACCGCGAGUCCGACCAGGCUUCCUACCUUGUGCAAAAGAUGUUAAACCGUAUGCAGUGCAAGCACAAAAGUCGACCAAAUUUGUCUUCAACAAUUAAAAAUGGAAAUGGCAUGGAUCAAAUGACGAAUGUAUCUUAUUCGCCAUCAUCUGUUAAUAACAACAACGGUGUGCCAUCUUCGAAACUGAACGGUGCGGGUAUUGCAACUAAUGGUGUUAAACGCCACCCAAAAGGUAGAAGAAAUAAUUCACUGCUUACGAGUGGAAUAACACCUAUUGCAAGAUUAAGGGAAAGUCUGUCGCUAGCUCAGAGCAGAAGCAAAUCUGUGUCGCGCGAAAGUCUUACUAGGGGCAUUGCCAGGCGACCACAAUCGGCCUCUAUAAACAAAAACGUUUCGGGCUCAUUAGACUCGUUGAUUAAACGCAAUUCUCGGAAUAGAACUUUGUCUCCAAAACGCAGAUCUAAAGACCGCAUAGGUAGCGUCGGUAGUAAAUCGGCGGUUGAAAGAACGGCGAACAGAAGAUCAAGAUCUCAAUCACCAAAAUCAACGAACGGCUAUUCUACAAAUGGCAGCACGGCGUCUCGGCCACUUGUGUCUAAAGUUCGAAACCGAUCUACUUCUCCAGCAAAGGAAAAACCUCCCCAAUCGCACAGCUCUGGUAGAAGUGCUGAAUUGCCGUCUCACGGCAGACGAUUCAAGUCUUCGAAUAACGGCAAAUCUUCAAACGGAACUUCUGAUAAACAUCCAAAUACUGACGAAUCUUCAAACGAUAUUUCUGAUAAUCAAGACCCAGCAUGGAAACGGAGCACAUCAAUCGCCAAUGGGAAAUGCUGGAAGUGUGAACACAAAGAAGCGGCGAUGACAAUCUGUGUGAACUGGGGAAACAUGAAGUUAUGCGAUCUUCUAUUGACCUAUGGCGUCCUGUACCGCGAGGAACAUCUUGUGGCGGCGGUCAAGGCCAACGAUUUGCAGGCAUUGAAGAGAAUAGUCCAGUACCUUAAAGACAAUCUAUAUUGGAAUGCCGGACACCAGGAGGUCAAGGAAGCGCUAUUUGUAGCUAGGAAGCAUCGGAUGAGGAAGAUUGUUGACUUUUUGGAGGAGGAGGGUGUGCAGGACACACGGGCGAUUGCCGCAAACGUAUGCACCGGUUGUCUCAUAAACUAAAAUUGGAGUCGUGUUCUGAGAAAACUGGGCAUAAUAAAUGUGCGUAAGUGCCAUCCCAGAUUAGCCUGUGCAGUCCACACAGGCUAAUCAGGGACGACACUUUCCGCUUUAAUGUUAUUUUUCGUUUAAAGGAAGUCCCUUUUUACUGAAAAUCUAGUUAAAGUGGAAAGUGUCGUCCCUGAUUAGCCUGUGCAAACUGCACAGGCUAAUCUGGGACGACACUUUAAGUACAUGCAUUAUGCCCAGUUUUCUCAGAACAAGACUCAUUGUUGUUAAUGCGCUCGCGACAAUCAUAUAAACCGUUUGUCUCAUUAACUGUAAUUGCGGUAAACACAUGCACCCACAUGCACCGGUAGAAUUAUUAACUGAACUUGUGGUCACACUGGGGCUAUUGCGUCAAAUGUAUGCACUGGUUGCCUCAUUUCAUGAAAUUGCGGUCAACACUGCAUGAUAAUUAAUUAGUUUACUAAAAGUAGAUGGGAUUUUUCAGUUUGACUUGUGCCUGAUGAAGACAUUAGCACAGAAUCUAUGUUUCAAUAGGUGAAUUGUUUUGAACACAAUACAGCUUUUUUCCAAUUACUGCCAAAACAUGUUAAUGCAUAUAUAUACAUUUUUUUUACAUUAAAUCGUUACACUAGUAAGUGUGAAUAUUAUUCUGUUUCAUACAAGGGCGAAUUAAUUUUGUAGUGUAUGUGUA